CCAAGAAGCAACUUCCGUAUUGCAAAGCAUUUUGGUACUUGUGUACACUUCCAAAUCAUUCUUCCACAUAACUAGCUAGUUUGUAGUUUUAGACCCACGAGCAGUUAUUUUGUGUCGUUUCCUCAAAUUAUAUCGAUAGUGUUCCACUGGUUUAUGAACAAGGCUGAAAUUAAACAAACAUAGGUAUGGCGGAGGGUGCCAGCGGUAACGCGGUGAAUCUUCCUCCCGGAGAUCCUCAGCUAAUCGGUCUCAUCGUGGAACAUCUCAAGAACCGAGGCUUGUUCGACGAGUUCCGCAGAGAUUGCCUGGCAGAUGUGGAUACAAAGCCUGCCUACCAGAAUCUGCGACAAAAAGUUGACAACUUUGUAUCCACUCAUUUGAGCACUCAAGAAUGGAACCCAUCAAUCAACAAAAAUCAAGUGCGAAAUGGGCUAAGACAAAGCGUCGUGCAGUCAGGCAUGCUGGAGUCUGGAGUGGACAGAAUCAUCACCCAGGUGGUGGAUCCCAAAUUGAACCACACUUUCAGGCCCCACAUUGAGGAUGCCAUUCAUGACUUCCUGUCUGCUGAGAAGGAGGAGGGUCCAUCCAACACUCAAUCAGAGACUGAGCAACAAGAGGCUCCAAGCCACACUGGACCCAAAACGCCAUGAGGUACAGAGAAACGUUUUCUGCUGAAGGUAGAUAUUUUUUAGCGCUCCAUCAGGCUGGAUGGACAAGGACCUAGUAGAGCAAGAGGUUUGCACAACUCUUACUUCAUGUGGAGAAACCAAGCCGUGGAUGUUAGCUAACAGCUGCCAAAUAAUGCCCAUAACAAGUCAAAGGGGAAUUGUGCAAAUGACACUGGUAUUUUAUUUUUCCUUUAUUUAACCAGUUAAGAACAACUUCAGUGGGUUAACUGCCUGUUCAGGGGCAGAACGACAGAUUUAUACCUUGUCAGCUCGGGGGUUUGAACUUGCAACCUUCUGGUUACUAGUCCAAUGCUCUAACCACUAGGCUACCCUGCCGCCCCUCAAACUCAACUCUGGACCUCGAAGCCAGUUCCACUGCAUUUUUUUCAUUGUUCCCCUCUCAGGGACUGAUUUUGACCUGAGACACCAGGUUGUGUGCAAUUCAUUAUCAGGUAGAAGAAAAUCUGCAGGCAAUGGACCUCGUAGGCUAAGAGUUGAGUACCCCAGGUAUAGCACAUGGAAUUUUGUUUGUGGCUAUUGAAUUAAAGAGACUGGUAACUUUUUUUUAAUAUAUAUUUUUUUAAAUUAAGAGCAGGAAGUAGCCAUUGUAAUGUUGGCUUACAGAUUUUGUCCCUCAGUUUGACACUUAUUGGUGAAUAUUGUAAAUGUCAUUCACCAAUAAAUGAAUGAUUUGGUUGAAAUGUGCACACUGCCCUGUCAUUUGUUAAACGGUGUCAAUACUGUGCUGUACGGGCUGCGGUAAGACUACAUUGCUCAGUUAGCCUAGAGCAGCGUUUCCCACACUUUGUCCUCAGGACCCCAAGGGGUGCAAGUUUUGUUUUUUGCCCUCGCACUACACAGCUGAUUUCCUAUAUUUUUAUUAGAUUAGAAUGAUCACAGCAUUAUCACAUUUGGAUCCAUCCAGAGCACAGCCAGUGAGAUCUCUUCCAGGUAGGAAGGUGUACUGCGUUACAUAGAGGAGACAGUCCAUAAAAGGGAGUGCUGCAGUCUUUGCCAGUUCAAGACUUAACAUCUGGAGUACAACCCAGGUUAUGAAACUAGCUGCCAGGGCAGAGGGAGUAGAACAGCCUGCCCCUGACUGAGGCUUGUUGGCAUUCCUCUGGGCAGGCAGGGUGCAAGUUGAUUGGCAGUGCCUGGGAGCACGGCAUGGUUGCUGUCUCAACACAUCCAUGCUAUAUUUCUCUCGCUGCCCUCAGCCGUGUAGGAGUGAGGCUUAGCUCCAUGGCCCUAAGAUGCAGCUCCAAGGCCCCCAGUAAAAGGAGGGGGAUGAGGGGCUCUGGAUGAGCUGUGCAGAGUGUUCCCGCCUGGCUGGGACAAAGGUUGAAUUGUCAGAGCUGCCUGGAUGGAGCUGCUUCUGUCAUUCACCACCUCGCCUCUGAGGACGUGCAUACUAGCAGGCCCGCUGUGCUGCACCACUGAGAACUGGCAAGCAGGCCUUUGUUCUCUUUUUAAAAUCAGAGACCUCCACACACUGACACUACUGAAUGGCUUUUAGGAGUGGUCUAAAGAAUUCCGUAAGGAAAUAGUGUGUAGUAGACCGAUAAGCAUUUAGGGCAAGUGGAUACUAGUGAGACAUUGGACUUUGAGCAUAGCUAAUUUGUUGCCCCCUCCCAACACACACUUACACAAAUUGAAUAAAGGUCCUGGUGGUGUGUCAGGUUUUCAGAGACCAGCAGCAUGGCUACGUGACUCCAGCCCCCACCCUGACAUCAGUGUCUGCUGCUCACGCUAAUUAAGAUGCUUUGCCACAGUUCCUCCAUCUGGGGAAACUCAAUCCUGUCCUGAUUUUAACGCUACAGUUGUCAGCUGUCUGGUGUGAGUAAUCAGAAUCCAGGGUGAGGAAUUUAAUGCCCUGGCUCCACUGCACUCGAGCUGGAAGUCUCUGGUCUUCACUUUAUCUUGUCAGGAGGGGAAAGGGGGGUAAGUUGAGCCACCCUUGUUUCUAGGAAACCAUACACAAAAUUAAUACUUUUAUUAAAUAUUUAGGAAAAGUUAAUCAUUUCAAGAGUUUAAAGGGAGAAACCACAUGGAAAAAGUCAAAUUAAUAUAUACUAGAGGUUUCAUGAUGCUUCUAUCUAGACCAAAGUAGAUACUUUUCUACAUCUGUUGGGGUCUCUAAGUUUCAGUAUGAUGUCCUAAACCUAGCAUAAAAGUGCAUCCUUGUAGCUGUGUGGGCUAAUUUAGACCAAAUGUUUGCCUUGGGGUUAGUUGAGCCAAUGUUUGCCUUGGGGUUAGUUGAGCCAAUGUUUGCCUUGGGGUUAGUUGAGCCAAUGUUUGCCUUGGGGUUAGUUGAGCCAAUGUUUGCCUUGGGGUUAGUUGAGCCAAUGGUUGCCUUGGAGUUAGUUGAGCCAAUGUUUGCCUUGGGGUUAGUUGAGCCAAUGUUUGCCUUGGGGUUAGUUGAGCCAAUGGUUGCCUUGGGGUUAGUUGAGCCAAUGGUUGCCUUGGGGUUAGUUGAGCCAAUGUUUGCCUUGGGGUUAGUUGAGCCAAUGUUUGCCUUGGGGUUAGUUGAGCCAAUGGUUGCCUUGGGGUUAGUUGAGCCAAUGUUUGAGCAAAUUGAAGUGUUUUCUUACCAGGUGUAGUGCUCGGCAUUAUCAACAGGGCCUGGCCAAUGAUAAGUGCUUUUAAAAAAGUGUUUGUUAAAAUAUGCUUAAAAUGUACAAAAAUCUGUGGAAAAAGUGAUUGUGUUGAAUUGUGUUUGGGAAAUAAAGUUAGACAUGGUUUCAAUUUAAUUCAGUACAUACAUUUGUAGGUGGCUUAACUUACCCUGUCCUGUAGCUCAACUUACCCCAUACCCGGAGUAAGUGCCAAGAGACCUUUCUUCCCCCAAAUGUUCUAAACUGCAUGUUUACAUGAAUUCUGAAUAUUUCCAGGGAUACACAACAUCCUGAAAUAUAUGUAGGUAUCUUUGUUAGAAAGAAUACUAUACUGAACAAGUCAGCUAUAUCAAUAAGCUGAUUAAACAGCAUGAUCAUUACACAGGUGCACCUUGUGAUGGUGACAAAAGGUCAGUCUAAAAUGUGCAGUUUUGUCACACCACAUAAUGCCACAGAUGGCUCAUGUUUUGAGGGAGCGUGCAAUUGGUAUGCUGACUUUAGGAACGUCUACCAGAGCUGUUGCCAGAUGAUUGAAUGUUAAUUUUGCUAGCAUAAGCCGACCUCCCAACGUCGUUUUAGAGAAUUUGGCAGUAUGUCCAACUGACCUCGCAACCGCAAACCAGGUGCAACCACACCUGCCAAGGACCUCCACAUCCAGCUUUUUCACCUACAGGAUUGUCCGAGACCACCCAGCUGAACAGUUGAUGAAACGGAGGAGUAUUUCUGUCUGUAAUAAAGCCCUUUUGUGGGGAAAAACUCA